AGCCGCCGCACACGUUGGCGGGGCGGGUGGGGCCGACUUGGCCUCCGCACCGCGACAACUGCCUCCCGGAAGCAGUCGCGGGUCGUCUCCAUGCGCCGGCUCCCGGGCGCCCUGGAGCCCCGGCGCGAGGCUCGGAGCGGGAGGUAGAGCUGGAGGAGCCGCGCCGCCCUGUGCCCGCGGCACCGGCCCCGGCGCCAUCAUGCUGCUCCUGCCGAGCGCUGCGGACGGCCAGGGCACCGCCAUCAGCCGCGCUCUGACCUCGGCCUCAACCCUCUGUCAAGUUGAACCUGUGGGAAGAUGGUUUGAAGCUUUUGUUAAGAGGAGAAACAGAAAUGCUUCUGCCUCUUUUCAGGAACUGGAGGAUAAGAAAGAGUUAUCAGAGGAAUCAGAAGAUGAAGAGCUGCAGUUGGAAGAGUUUCCCAUGCUGAAAACACUUGAUCCCAAAGACUGGAAGAACCAAGACCAUUACGCAGUGCUUGGACUUGGCCAUGUAAGGUACAAAGCUACACAGAGACAGAUCAAAGCAGCUCAUAAAGCAAUGGUUUUAAAACAUCACCCAGACAAACGGAAAGCAGCUGGGGAACCAAUAAAAGAGGGCGAUAAUGACUAUUUCACUUGCAUAACUAAAGCUUAUGAAAUGUUAUCUGAUCCAGUGAAAAGACGAGCAUUUAACAGUGUAGAUCCUACUUUUGAUAACUCUGUUCCUUCCAAAAGUGAAGCAAAGGACAAUUUCUUCGAAGUGUUUUCCCCAGUGUUCGAGAGGAAUUCCAGAUGGUCAAAUAAAAAAAAUGUUCCUAAACUUGGUGAUAUGAAUUCAUCAUUUGAAGAUGUAGAUGCAUUUUAUUCUUUCUGGUAUAAUUUUGAUUCUUGGAGAGAAUUUUCUUAUUUAGAUGAAGAAGAAAAAGAAAAAGCAGAAUGUCGUGAUGAGAGGAGAUGGAUUGAAAAGCAGAACAAAGCAACAAGGGCACAAAGGAAAAAAGAGGAAAUGAACAGAAUAAGAACAUUAGUUGACAAUGCAUAUAGCUGUGAUCCAAGAAUAAAAAAAUUUAAAGAAGAAGAAAAAGCCAAGAAAGAAGCAGAAAAGAAAGCAAAAGCAGAAGCAAAACGGAAGGAGCAAGAAGCUAAAGAAAAACAAAGACAAGCUGAAUUAGAAGCUGCUCGGUUAGCUAAAGAGAAGGAAGAAGAGGAGGUUAGACAACAAGCAUUAUUGGCAAAGAAGGAAAAAGAUAUCCAGAAAAAGGCCAUUAAAAAGGAAAGGCAAAAACUUCGAAACUCGUGCAAGACCUGGAACCACUUUUCUGACAGCGAGGCAGAGCGGGUUAAAAUGAUGGAAGAAGUGGAAAAGCUUUGUGAUCGGCUUGAACUAGCAAGCUUACAGUGCUUGAAUGAAACACUCACCUCCUCCACAAAAGAAGCAGGGAAGGCUGCUCUGGAAAAACAGAUAGAAGAAAUAAAUGAGCAAAUUAGAAAAGAGAAAGAGGAAGCUGAGGCUCGUAUGCGACAAGCGUCUAAGAAUGCGGAGAAGUCAACUGGUGGAGGUGGAAACAGCAGUAAAAACUGGUCAGAAGAUGAUCUGCAGUUACUAAUUAAAGCUGUGAACCUCUUCCCUGCGGGGACAAACUCAAGAUGGGAAGUUAUUGCUAAUUACAUGAACAUACAUUCUUCUUCUGGAGUCAAGAGAACCGCCAAAGACGUUAUUAGCAAAGCAAAGAGUCUUCAAAAACUUGACCCUCAUCAAAAAGAUGACAUAAACAGAAAAGCUUUUGAUAAGUUUAAGAAAGAACAUGGAGUGGUGCCUCAGGCAGACAACGCAACACCGUCAGAACGAUUCGAAGGUCCAGGCACAGAUUUCACCCCUUGGACAACAGAAGAACAGAAGCUUUUGGAACAAGCUUUGAAAACGUACCCAGUAAAUACACCUGAGAGAUGGGAGAAAAUAGCAGAAGCCGUACCUGGCAGGACAAAGAAGGACUGCAUGAAACGAUAUAAGGAACUUGUCGAGAUGGUAAAAGCCAAGAAAGCUGCUCAAGAGCAAGUGCUGAAUGCAAGUAGAGCCAAGAAAUGACGUAUGACAAUCUUUGUUGUGUGUGCAUUUUUAUAAUAAAACUGAAAAUACUGUA